GUAAUACUUGGCUUUCCAGAGUUGGAUAAUAUUGGAUCUACAUGAAUUGUGCAACAAAACCAGACAAUAAAAAGGGAUCCUGCAAACAGGGAGCACACAUCUGAGGAAUCUAAACUCAGGAGACAAUUCACCAGUGAAAACAUGAAGUCUGUGAUCCUCGCUCUUUUGGUGGUGUUGGUUGUCGGCCACAGUGAAGCCUUGAGGUGUAACUGUGGAGGUAAGACUCAGUGUUCAAGCAGAAUUCAGACCUGCUCUGGUUCAGACCAAGUCUGUGCCAGCAUCAGGUUUAACCACCCUGCUACCGGAUACUUCCAGAGUUGCUAUCCAGCAGGUGGUUGUCAGAAUCUGAUACGUUCAGGGAUAGGAACCGGGUCCUGCUGCAGCUAUGAUCUGUGCAACUAAACAAUGAACAUAGUGCAACACAUCUUCCAGUGAAUGAACAAUCCACUGUAAUGUAAUGUUUGCUGCAUUGUCCUAAUAAAGAUCAUUCAUUUGGA